AUGAAGGAAAGAAGACAAACGUUUGAACAAAAUCUCAGAAAAACAGGUCUUGAGUUGGAAAUAGAAGACAAAAUGAAUUCUGAAGAUGGGAGAACCUAUUUUGUGAAGAUCCACGCCCCGUGGGAAGUCCUGGUCACUUAUGCUGAAGUGCUAGGAAUCAAGAUGCCUAUUAAGUUGAGUGACAUCCCACGGCCAAAGAACUCACCCCUGUCUUACAUGCUUGGACCUGUGAAGCUCCCAUUGAGCGUGAAGUACCCUAAACCUGAGUAUUUCACUGCCCAGUUCAGCAGACAUCGUCAGGAGCUCUUCCUCAUCGAAGAUGAGGCCACUUUCUUUCCAUCCUCAACAAGGAACAGAAUUGUUUACUAUAUUCUGUCACGAUGCCCUUUUGGAGAAGAAGAGGGGAAGAAAAAGAUUGGGAUCGAAAGACUGCUGAACACGAACACUUAUUUAUCUGCCUACCCGCUCCAUGAUGGCCAGUAUUGGAGGCCAUCAAAAACUUCUCGAAUCAAUGAAAGGUACGUCCUUUGCAAGAACUGGGCUCGAUUUUCCUACUUUUACAAGGAGCAACCUUUUGAUUUGAUUCGGAAUUAUUAUGGAGAAAAAAUCGGUAUCUAUUUUGUAUUUCUCGGGUAUUACACAGAAAUGCUGUUGUUUGCGGCUCUGGUUGGCUUAGCCUGCUUCAUCUACGGCUUGUUAUCAAUGGAAAGUAACCAAACUAGCACUGAAAUCUGUGACCCUAACAUUGGCGGUAAGAUGAUCAUGUGCCCACUCUGUGAUGAAGUGUGUGACUACUGGAGACUUAACACCACGUGUUUGCAUUCAAAGUUCUCCCAUCUGUUUGAUAAUGAGUCGACUGUGUUCUUUGCAAUCUUCAUGGGGAUCUGGGUCACACUGUUUCUGGAGUUUUGGAAACAGCGUCAGGCCAGGCUUGAGUAUGAGUGGGAUCUGGUGGACUUUGAAGAAGAACAGCAGCAACUCCAGUUGCGGCCUGAAUUUGAAGCUAUGUGUAAACACAAGAAGAUGAAUCCUGUGACACAGGAGAUGGAGCCACAUAUGCCUCUGUGCCAUCGCAUCCCCUGGUACUUUGUGUCAGGGACCACAGUGACCUUUGGGAUGGCCCUCCUCCUUAGCAGUAUGGUGUCCAUUAUCGUGUACCGCCUAUCAGUCUUUGCCAUUUUUGCCAGCUUCAUGGAAAGUGAAGCCACCCUGCAGAGCGUGAAGCGCUUCUUCACCCCGCAGCUGGCCACUUCUCUCUCUGGAUCCUGCCUGAACUGCAUUGUCAUCUUGAUACUGAACUUUUUUUAUGAGAAGAUAUCUGCCUGGAUUACAAAAAUGGAAAUACCUCGAACUCACCAGGAGUAUGAGAGCAGCCUCACUCUGAAGAUGUUUCUCUUCCAGUUUGUGAACUAUUACUCAUCUUGCUUCUAUGUGGCCUUCUUUAAAGGGAAAUUCGUGGGAUAUCCUGGAAGGUACACAUAUAUGUUCAACCUAUGGAGAAAUGAAGAGUGUGGUCCUCCAGGCUGUCUGAUAGAGCUGACCACCCAGCUCACCAUCAUCAUGAUUGGGAAACAGAUUUUUGGAAACAUCCAUGAAGCCUGUCAACCCUUGAUUUUUAAUUGGUGGAGACGCCGAAGAACCCGGACCCACUCUGAGAAACUGUACAGUCGUUGGGAGCAAGAUCAUGACCUUCAGGUUUAUGGACAUCGUGGGCUGUUCUAUGAGUACUUGGAAACAGUUAUGCAGUUUGGGUUUGUCACGCUAUUUGUGGCCUCUUUUCCCCUGGCACCCCUGUUUGCUCUCAUGAACAACAUCAUGGGAAUCCGAGUGGAUGCCUGGAAACUGACAACUCAGUACAGGAGACCUGUCGCCGCGAAAGCUCACUCCAUAGGUGUCUGGCAAGACAUUCUUUACGGGAUGGCCAUCCUUUCUGUUGCAACUAAUGCCUUCAUUGUCUCAUUCACAUCUGACAUCAUCCCCCGGUUAGUUUACUUCUAUGCCUACUCAAAGAAUUCCACAGAGCCCUUGAGUGGAUACAUCAAUAACAGCCUGUCAGUGUUCCUGAUAGCUGACUUUCCCAACCACACAGCGCCCAUGGAGAAAAAAGACUUCGUCACCUGCAGGUACAGAGAUUAUAGGUACCCUCCUGAUCACGAGGGGAAGUAUGGCCAUAACAUGCAAUUCUGGCAUGUCCUUGCCGCCAAGAUGACCUUCAUCAUAGUAAUGGAACACAUUGUGUUUCUGUUUAAAUUUUUAUUGGCCUGGAUGAUACCAGAUGUUCCUAAAGAUGUCUCGGAGAAAAUCAAACGAGAAAAGUUAAUGACUGUCAAAAUAAUCCAUGACUUUGAGCUCAACAAGUUGAAAGAAAACUUGGACGUUGAAUAUGGUAACAUCAUGAAGAAUGUGUCAGUAAACAAUAAAUCCCUGAAGGCCAAAACUUCAGUCUAAUCCACACACAGGUGGAGAAGCUUUCUGCACUUUCUCUGUCCACGGUUGCCUCUGCUUUUUGGGCUGGAUGCUGGAAGCCAUGUAGCCAUUUGUUUUUCUUUCCUUCUUUUAUUUUUAAC